AUGGAGAAGUACGAGCAGGUGUUGUGUUUGGGAAGGGGCGGGGCUGGUGACGUUUUCCUCAUGAGGCACGUAGUGCGAAAGAGCCUGCACGCGGUCAAACGGAUCAAGGUGGAGGAAAAAAAGGUCAACAAGAGUCAGAAAGCCAUUCUCCAAGAGGCUGAAAUCAUCAGGAAGCUGGAGCACCCUCACAUAGUCAAAUGCAGUGAUGUUUUUGUGAAUGAGGGAUUCAUCUGCAUCGUGAUGAACUACUGUGAUGGCGGGACAUUAGAUGACAAAGUCCGAGAGAGGAAACCAAAGGAGUUUUUCUCAGAGGAAACUGUGAUGGGAUGGUUUGUGCAGGUUGUUACUGCCCUGAAUUUUAUUCACAUGACUAAAAUACUACACAGGGAUGUGAAAACCUCUAAUGUGCUGCUAACAAAGCAAGGCCAGGUGAAGCUGGGAGACUUUGGGAUAUCCAAAGUGAUGACCAACACAGCUGAUUUAGCUUCCACAUGUGUUGGCACACCCAGCUACCUGAGUCCUGAGCUCUGCAAGGAUGUGCCCUACAGCUCCAAAUCUGAUAUCUGGGCUCUGGGCUGUCUGCUGUAUGAGAUCUGUGCUCUAAAACCUCCAUUUGCAGCCACAAACCUGCUGAGUCUGUUCUAUAAGAUCACCAAAGGAGAGUAUGAUCCUGUGGAUGACAUCUACUCUGAUGGCAUCUCCUCUUUGAUCCAGAAGAUGCUCCAGCUCAACCCUGAGCACAGGCCCAGUGCUGCCUGUAUACUUAGCAGUGCCUUUGUGCAAGCUCACCUGCAGGCUAUUAAACACACACAGAGUGACUGUGUUAACAUCACUGGAUCAAUAAGAGAGAACAGAGACAUCAACAUAGAAGACAAACAAACGUACUCAGACAGUCACAGUGAGGCCUCUGCAUCAGAAAACAGUAUGGAGGCUGGCACUGACAUAGAGGAGGAAGAGCGGAUUGCUCUGUGUGAUGGAGAUCAAAGCCAGAGUGACUGUAACUAUCCUGAAGACUUUGAUGAAGAUGAAAAUCUAUCCUGUCUGGAGGAGCAAAGUGAACGGUCAGGGUCGCCAGUGAGGAGUGAUUCUGCUGAUCCUCUGGGUAAUGUUAAUGUGUCCUGGUAAAAUUGUUUUACUUUACUUUACUGAAAAAGUAAAAGCUUAAAAGUUUGACUGUUGUGUAGUUCAGCCUACUGCAGUAAACAAUUAUGAGUAUAAACAAUGAGUGGGUUAGUUAGAGUUUAGUGAAAUCUAGUGCUCAGAUUUUGGAUUGAAAGGUCUCCUGCUCACGCUUCCUGUUGGUGACCUGAUUAUGAUUAAUGCUGUAGGGGUUUAUGAUGAGUAUCAUCCUCUGAUUAAUGUUUUUUUAUCAAAACCUCCCAUCAACAUGACACAACAUUCAAAGCACUCCUACGUAGAUAUAAAAGGGUCAUCUUGAUUUUGCAAAAAUUCUACCAAGACUUCUUCCAAAAGUUACAUAUGAAACCUUUAACUGAAAUAACAACUAUUUCAGUAACUUAAGUUUCCUGAAUGCAUGACCUUUUCUGUCCAGCACCUGCACUGUGACUGGUGCAAUAUCUUUCAAGUGUAUCUGUUUUUGUCAAGAUAAGAAGAACUUUAUUAACCCCUGAAGGGAAAUUCAAUUAGCACUUUAUUAUUUCUUUAUUAUUAUUAUUAUUAUUAUUAUUAUUAUUAUUAUUAUUAUUAUUAUUAUUAUUAUUAUUAUUAUUAUUAUUGUUAGCACUUAAUACAAAGUUUGUUUGCACUUUAAGCAGCUGCAAAGAAAGUGCUGCAAAUACAUUAACACAUAAUAGUGCAAACCAGUUUAUAAUGUGAGGUCAAAUUCUCAAUUCUUUAGAUGCCUUGAUUAAACCAACAUAAUUUGACUGAAUUAUUUACUGAAUAGUUUGAAUGUAGAGCAUUACCUUGUGUAUGGGGUGUUUGACAGCUUAGUAUUUACCACUAAAAGGUGUAUUAGUGUCCUAUUCUCUGCCUGUUUUGUCAGGUCACAGUCUAAAGAAGCAAGGAUACACUGCUUCAAUAACACUGAUGUGUCUCAAGUAUUUCUAUAACUGUAAAACUAUCGUGUUUAGGUGUACAGUACGCUGUUGUCUCUAUAGCUGUUUUACAAAUACGGUUGAUGGCUCUUGACUCUAACUGGUGUAGCCAAAAGCCUCAAAAGGGAAUACCCAAGCGAAAUACAGCUAUGCAAAAAUUGUAUUUCAGCAAAUGUAUUUUUAAAAACCUGCAUCUAAUACAGCAGAGGUAUUUAACUGGCAAAUUUAUCAGUCCGAAAAAAGCAGCAACAUUCAGAUGUUUUGAUGCAGUCCUGUGAGUGAAAAGUGUGUCACAGUGCCCCAAAAUCAGGUCAGCAGUCAGAGAGGAGACUGAGUGUCGAAUGUGGUGUAAGCUGCCUCUCUGUUGUGAGCUACCUUUUGAUGUUUAUACACCAAUGAGUACAUUUGUUGUAUUUGUAAUUUAAUGAGAUAAAAGCAACAAUUAUAGGCUCAGUUUUUUGGCAACAUAAAAAGAAAUACCCAGAUUUUUCCUCACAUUUAUCAUAAGAAAGAAAUGACAUACCUUUAAAUCAGAGCAAAAUGCUUAAAUGUGCCAUAAUUCUGACAACCUUUAUGUUUUUAUCAAUUAAUUUUCAAAACCCUAGAUUGUUUUAAAAACAAAGCCUCAGUUCUCACUGAUAUACUUUUUUUUUGUUUCACAGUAUCAGCAGAGGUUUCUGAUGUUUCAGAUCAGGUAGAGUAUCCAGAUGACUUUGAGGAAGCAGAGCUGGAGGAAGAGCAUGAGGAUGAAGUCACUUUAGAUCACGCUGUUGCCCCUGAGGCACCACACAAUGUCAUGCUGGAGGAGGAGUUUGAGCUGUGCGAUGCCGGAGGACUGACCAUCACACUGAAAGCACUUAAAGAAAACGGAUAA